AUGGCUCCUCGCUACCUCAAGACCGGUACGCGCACGUCAGAGGAGAAAAAGCAGCAGGUCAACCCACAAGUGCAAAGCACCGUCAGGGAGGUCAUUGAGAACAUCCGAGCUCAAGGCGACAAUGCAGUCCGACAAUACUCUCAACGCUUCGACAAGUGGGAUCCUGCCUCGUUCAAGCUCACUCGAGCGCAGGUUGAGGAAGCCAUGAGAAAGGUCCCCGAGCAAACCAUUAAAGACAUCAAAGAAGUUCAACACAACGUCCGCACCUUUGCUCAGGCACAACUGGCUUCCCUGAAGGACUUUGAACUCGAAAUACAACCUGGGGUAUUCCUGGGCCAAAAGAAUAAUCCAAUCGACACCGUUGGGGCCUAUAUUCCCGGCGGCCGCUACCCUUUGCUUGCUUCGGCACAUAUGACAAUUCUGACCGCUAAAGUGGCUGGCGUCCCCAACGUGAUUGGAUGUACACCUCCAAUUAAUGGAGAGCUUCCUAACGCAACCAUUACCGCAAUGCACCUGGCCGGAGCUGACGAGAUCUUUAUCCUGGGCGGUGUACAAGCUGUCGCCGCCAUGGCGGUAGGCACUGAAACGAUCCGCAAAGUCGACUUCAUUGCUGGACCUGGAAACCCGUAUGUUGCAGAAGCCAAGCGGGCAUUAUUUGGGGAGGUCGGCAUCGACCUCUUAGCUGGCCCAACCGAAGUGCUCAUUGUAGCCGACGAACGUGCCGAUCCUUACACGGUAGCGACGGAUUUGCUCUCCCAAGCGGAACAUGGUCCGGAUACUCCAGCGAUAUUGAUCACGACCAGCGAAGACCUUGGCCGCCAGACUAUCGAGCACGUCGACAAGCUAUUAUUAAACCUGACUACAGCCGAGCUAGCGGGCACUUCUUGGAGAGACUAUGGCGAGGUGGCCGUGGUUGAGAAUAUCGAUGACGCUUAUGCUCUAGCCGACGAGUAUGCUUCUGAACAUGUCCAGAUCUUGACAGAAAAUCCUCGCGAGGCAUUGGACAAGAUGCACAACUAUGGUGCCAUCUUCCUGGGUGAGAGGACAUGUGUCUCGUACGGUGACAAGUGCAUUGGGACGAACCAUGUUCUCCCUACGCGAAAAGCUGCUCGCUACACGGGUGGCCUCUGGGUAGGCAAGUUCCUGCGGACGGUCACAUAUCAAGAGGUCCGGUCCAAUGAGGCCAGCGGCAAGCUGGGGCAAUUGUGUGGCCGAGCUGCUCGUGCUGAGAUGUUCGAGGGCCAUGCUCGCUCGGGAGAUCUACGUGCACACAAGUUCUUGGGUGACCGCUUCGAGUGGAUCGACGGGGACGAUGUCCAGCAUGGUUAUCGCCCGAGGCGGUGA